ACUUAUCUGAAGGCGAUCCGGGGAGGUUCAGUCUUGAUGCAAGUGAUCCAGGAGCCAGAGGAUCCCAAGAUAGAGGAGAUCCUCUGGGGCAUCAUCACCUCUGAUUCAAACUCCACAUUCAUGCUGAGAUUCCAGAAUGGGAAGGAAGAUCCACUGUGGUUCAGUCUCCAGGACAAGUACAAGCAGAGGGUCCAGGUGCCCAGUAUGUCAUCCCUGAGGAUUAACAAUUUGACCUCACAGGACAGUGGGCAGUACUGGGCCCAGAUCAUGUCUCGGACAGGAAGAGAAAUUAAAGCAGUUUUCCACCUCACUGUUUAUGAUCCUGUGCCCCUUGCCCAGAUCCGGACCACGUCAGUGUCCAUCACGCCCAGCUGGUGCAAUGUCACUCUGGAGUGUGGGGCCCGAGAGGCUGUAGAGGUCCUGAGUGUAACUUGGGAGGUCCAGGGUCCCCCCAGUGAGCUGGAGCAGAGAGGGGCACCAGGACCCCCCAACCCCUGGAUCUUGGCCCUGAGCCUGCCACUGAGGCAGCCCAAUGUCAGCCUCACCUGCGUCCUCAGAAACCCAGUGGACCAGAAAAAUGCCAACUUACAGCUCAUUGACCUCUGUAGCCCAGAUGAGUGCACCUGCAGGAGGGAGGGGCACAGGGAGGGGCUCAGGUGGCACUGGAGCCCCAGAGUCCCUGGCUUUUUUGCUGCUGUGUUUAUGAACAGCACUGCCUUCCCUUGGUCACUCCAAUCCAGAAGUGUGGGGUGGCAUCCAGCUCACAACUGUCUUUAAAUAUCCCUCACCUCCAGGCCCUUCCCCCUGGGCCAGGGGCAGCCUUCCAGGACCUGUCCCACCCCGUCUCCAUGCCCUGUGUCCAGAGUAGUCUUUGGAAACACAGAUCAGAUUGUGGCCUU